AUGUCGGCCCUCAACUGGAAGCCCUUUGUGUACGGGGGGCUGGCCUCCAUUACAGCAGAAUGCGGUACUUUUCCAAUUGACUUAACGAAGACACGGCUCCAGAUUCAAGGCCAGACAAAUGAUGCAAACUUUAAAGAAAUCAGGUAUCGAGGAAUGUUGCAUGCGUUAGUGCGGAUAGGCAGAGAAGAAGGGCUGAAAGCUCUGUACUCAGGAAUUGCCCCUGCGAUGUUACGCCAGGCUUCCUACGGCACUAUCAAGAUAGGCAUUUACCAGAGCUUGAAGCGGCUGUUUGUUGAACACCCAGAAGAUGAAACUCUACUGAUAAAUGUGGUAUGUGGAAUUCUCUCUGGAGUCGUAUCCUCAACCAUCGCUAAUCCAACUGAUGUUUUGAAAAUACGGAUGCAGGCACAAAGCAGCACCUUUCAAGGUGGAAUGAUAGGCAACUUCAUUAACAUUUACCAGCAAGAGGGAGCAAGGGGACUGUGGAAGGGCGUGUCCCUUACGGCCCAGAGGGCUGCCAUCGUUGUCGGCGUGGAGCUACCGGUCUAUGACCUCACCAAGAAGCAUCUGAUUCUCUCGGGCCUAAUGGGAGACACUGUGUAUACCCACUUCCUUUCAAGCUUCACCUGUGGUCUGGCUGGGGCGCUGGCCUCCAACCCCGUCGAUGUUGUGAGAACACGGAUGAUGAAUCAGAGAGUCCUUCGGGAUGGCAGGUGUUCUGGCCACACAGGUACCCUGGACUGCUUGUUACAGACAUGGAAGAAUGAAGGGUUUUUUGCUCUGUAUAAAGGAUUUUGGCCAAAUUGGUUGAGACUUGGUCCUUGGAAUAUCAUUUUCUUUGUGACAUAUGAGCAGUUGAAGAAAUUGGAUUUGUGACAAGUCAAGGCUGCCUGAGACGGCGCUCUGCAAAGGCUCCCUUCCGAAACAAUAAAGCUUCCUGCGUGUCACGCUGCUUCUCACUGCUUGGUUCAUCGCAGAUUCUGAAG